AUGGCGCUUGGAAGGCCCCGCAGUAGCAAGAGAUCCUCCUCUUCUUCCUAUGCUUCCACUGUUACAACCCUCAUCUUCUUAGCCUUAUGUGUUCUCGGAAUAUGGAUGCUCACCUCCAGCUCUGUUGUACCUCCGCAGACCACCACUCGAACUUCUUCCGAUACCUCCACAGCUACUACCACCAUGGACAAUCUCCAACUACCCAGAUCAGAGGAUAAGGAGGCCUCCGCGGUGUUCGAGGAUAAUCCUGGUGAUCUCCCUCUUGAUGCUAUUAAAUCCGAUGAUAGUAAUGAUAGUAAUAUUAUCGAUGACCGAUCAAAGGACAAUGCCAGUGACGAGCAGGAAUCUAGAGACCAAGACGGGGGUGGCGGAAAUGAGGCUCAAUUGUCGGAGGAGAGUGCAAUGACUCAGAACCAACAAGUGGCUGAGAGCCAAAAAGUAGUAGAGGAGAAGGUAGACUUGGGAGGGAGCCAAGAACAAAACGCUAAUUCAUCUGAUCAAAGCAAUGAAUCCACGGAGACUGUGGAAUCUGAUAAUAAUAAAUCGAAUGAAGCAUCGCUCGAGAUUAAUCCUCAAGAACAACCACAAGAACAGCUUCCGGAAGAGCCUGAAAACAAUGGUAGUCAACAAGAAAUUCCACAAGCAAUUACAAAUGAAGAGCAGCAGCAGCAGCAGCAACAGCAAGCAACCGACAUCCCAGAAAACACAGCCGACAUCCCAGAAAACGGCGGAAGCUCUGAAAACGAUCAACAGAAACCUGAAACUGAAGCUGAAAAAGUCCCACAAGAAUCUGAAAUACAUAACCAGGAUGAUGACAAGACCGAACAACAGAUACAACAGCAACAACAACAGGACAGUUCAAACACGAACAACAGUGAAGAAACUGCGUCGGAGCAAAAUCAGCCACGAGAGGAACAUCGACGCAACAAAAUGCCAACUGAGAAUCAAGAAUCACAGAAAACUGAAUCCAGGGAGAACCAAGAAACACCAAAGGACUCAAAAACAACAGAAAACAAAGUGGAAGAGCCAACCACGGCAGGGUCACUUGAUACCUCGGCAAUACCCAAAGAGUCGAAGGAGUCUAAAAAGUCGUGGUCGACACAAGCCGCGCAAUCGGAGAACGAGAAAGAUCGCCGGCGGGAAGAAUCCACUAGCAACGGCAGCAUCUACGGGUACACUUGGCAGCUCUGCAACGUCACGGCAGGCACCGAUUACAUCCCCUGUUUAGACAACGAGAAAGCACUGAAGCAGCUGCGUACGACAAAGCACUUCGAGCACCGGGAGAGGCACUGCCCCGAGGAGGGACCCACCUGCCUUGUCGCACUGCCAGAGAAUUACAAAAGAUGCAUCGAAUGGCCCAAAAGCAGGGACAAGAUUUGGUACCACAAUGUGCCGCAUACAAAGCUAGCCGAAGUUAAAGGCCACCAAAACUGGGUCAAGGUCACGGGCGAGUUCUUGACUUUUCCCGGCGGUGGCACCCAGUUCAUCCACGGCGCUCUCCACUACAUAGAUUUUAUUCAACAGGCUGUACCGGAUAUUGCAUGGGGGAAGAGGACAAGAGUGGUAUUGGACGUGGGCUGUGGAGUUGCCAGCUUCGGCGGCUAUCUGUUCGAAAAGGAUGUUCUUACAAUGUCGUUUGCUCCAAAAGACGAGCAUGAAGCUCAGGUUCAAUUCGCACUUGAGCGGGGAAUUCCGGCCAUUUCUGCUGUCAUGGGCUCACAACGUCUGCCAUUUCCAAGCAUGGUUUUUGACAUUAUUCACUGUGCUCGAUGUAGAGUGCCUUGGCAUGCAGAAGGUGGGAUGCUUCUCUUAGAAUUGAACCGAGUGCUGAGGCCAGGUGGAUUUUUUGUUUGGUCUGCAACUCCCGUGUAUCAGAGCCUGGAAGAAGACGUCGAAAUUUGGAAGGAAAUGUCUGAUUUGACGAAGUCCAUGUGUUGGGAGCUAGUGACGAUUCAGAAAGACAAGCUGAAUUCCAUUGGGGCCGCCAUUUACAGGAAACCAGCCUCAAAUGAAUGCUACGAUCAAAGAAAACACAAGCGUCCUCCCAUGUGCAAAAACGACGAUGAUCCGAACGCAGCUUGGUACGUGCCAUUGCGAGCGUGCAUGCACCGUGUACCAGUUGACAAUGCAAUGAGGGGAAGCAACUGGCCACAACAAUGGCCGAAGCGAUUGAAAGCACCUCCUUACUGGCUAAACAGCUCCCAAAUGGGGAUUUAUGGAAAACCAGCUCCGCAAGAUUUCACAACUGAUUAUGAACAUUGGAAAAGAGUUGUGAAUAAAACUUACAUGAGUGGAUUAGGCAUAAAUCUGUCUAACAUCAGAAAUGUGAUGGAUAUGAGAUCUGUUUAUGGCGGGUUUGCAGCAGCGUUGAGAGACCUUAAAGUCUGGGUAAUAAAUGUGGUGAAUAUUGACUCUCCCGAUACACUUCCGGUGAUCUACGAGCGCGGUCUCUUUGGGAUUUACCAUGAUUGGUGUGAGUCGUUCAGCACAUAUCCAAGAACAUAUGAUCUACUACACGCUGAUCAUCUUUUCUCAAAGUUGAAAAAGAGGUGCAAACUGCAGCCUGUCUUGGCAGAGGUGGAUCGAAUAGUGAGGCCUGGAGGCAAAUUGAUUAUCCGAGAUGAAUCCAGCACGAUUGGAGAAGUGGAGAACCUGUUGAAGUCUCUCCGUUGGGAAGUUCACUUGACCUUCUCCAAAAAUCAGGAAGGGCUUCUGAGUGCUCAGAAAGGCGAUUGGAGACCAGAUACUUAUGCAGAGUCUUCCUGA